AUGGGAAGAUCAAAGCUACUUCCCAGACCAGAUCCUUGUUCCCCAAGUAAACCAGUACUCGUCAAACUGUCAAAGCUAGAAACAGAGUCAGGUCUUGCUCUGUGUUUGACACACCACUCAUCAAUGGUUCUGUCCGUUGUUGAUGACGAUGAUCCUCAAUUAGCGAAGGAGGAGGAGACAAUGGAUUCGUUGUGGAAGAAACCGCACGGGUCUGACCAAACUCGGUCUGGUUUUUCUCGGGUUGGAGUAACAGAAGCUUAUCUUGUAGUACUCGUAGACCACUUUCUAACGAAUCCUCCAUCUCUAAGACUUUCUCCGACAAUUUAG